AUGGUGUCCACAACAAGAGGAACUCUCUCGAGAGCCGCGGCGGAGAAGGCGGAAGGAAAGAAACCGGUGACAGAGGAAGGCUCAGGCAGUAGGAAAAGCGGAUCCGGGAUUGCCACUACCUCUUCGAGAGAUGCAGCUUGCGAGGCUGAUGAUGAACCCUCCCCUGCAUACCAGAAGGAAACCAUCGAGUUCCUCUCCACUCUCCGAGUUAACUUCUACGAGCCUGACGAGAUCGUGCCUGAGGGUCAUGGAAGUGGAAGGUUCUCCUUCCGAAUCAACAAGAGGAAGUACCGGAUGAGUUUCAAGGAGCUGGAGGAUGUGUUUCAUUUUGAACACAAAGAUGGGCGAGAAACAGAGCCUGGAACGCCACAAGCAGAGCUUCAAGCCUUCUGGGCAAUGAUCGGAGUUGGCGAGUACAUGCUAGCACUGCCAAGAGCACACACAUCAGGAACCCCGUGCUCCGAUACGUCCACAAGGCCCUCGCUCACACCAUCUAUGCGAGGCGCGACGUUACUGGUGUCACCGAAAAGGAGCUCUUCUUCCUAA